AACGCAGUUAUCGAAUGAAGAAAAAGGAAAAGAAAAAUGCUGCCAUCAAUAUUUUAAAAUAAACUAAAGCGAAAGAACAACGAAAAUAUCUACGUCCAUAUAUGCCAAUUGUUAUGUUAGCUUAAUGACUGAGAAGUAAUUGUUAUCAUAAUCUACCGUCGUAAAAAAGCAAUUAUUAUUACAGCGAUUUGUAAUGGGUAACGCAGGUAGUACAAAUAUGAAUCGUCAUAAGUCGAGCGACCUCUCAACACCUAACUCGCCAUUUCGUGAGCUACCUUUGCGGGAGGGUGGGGGAGGUGCUGCGCAAGCAGGCGGUCAAGCUUUUAUCUUCGAUAAAAAGCGCGAUUCAGUCUUGCAUGGUGGCUCGUCACAAGAAGACGACGAAACUACUUCCGAACCUUAUUAUACGAAACCAGUAGGUAAAACAACUGUUGGUGUUGUGCAAAAUAUUAUUACGGGUGACGUUGAAUUUAGUGCGACAUCAACGCGCAAACGUUCUCAAACUAUAUCAGAAGGUAACACCACCAACAUAAGUCACAUGUCUAUUGGCCAAAAAGAUAGUGACAAAGAUGAAAGUAAACGUAAUGAUAUCACAAGCGAAGCUGACGAUGAGAAAUUAAAUUUACGGAGUCCAGCAUUGCCAACUGUUUUGCGAUGGGAUGGAGGUGGCAAAAAUGUUAUGAUUUCGGGCACCUUUACCAAAUGGAAACCUAUUCCAAUGGUGCGAAGUCAUGGCAAUUUUGUGACAAUAAUCGAUUUACCCGAAGGUGAUCAUCAAUAUAAAUUUUGUGUGGAUGGCGAAUGGAAGCAUGAUCCAAAGUUGAAAAGCGUGGAAAAUGAAGAUGGCGAUACAACUAAUUUGGUAUCAGUACGUCAAUCCGAUUUUGAAGUAUUUCAAGCCUUAGCCAAAGACAGUGAACAAGCGUCGAAUCAUGCCGAGAAAGAAUAUUCUCAAGAUGUACCGCAGAUAAAGCCAUGGGAAAAGGUGUCGGGACCACCGAUAUUACCGCCACAUUUAUUGCAAGUUAUACUUAACAAGGAUACGCCAUUAUCGUGUGAGCCGACCUUGUUGCCCGAACCAAAUCAUGUAAUGUUAAAUCAUUUAUAUGCCUUAUCUAUUAAGGACGGCGUUAUGGUCUUAAGUGCUACCCAUCGUUAUCGCAAAAAAUAUGUCACAACUCUCUUGUACAAGCCGAUAUAAAUAAAAAAAUUUGAACAUGUUUCGUUGUCGAUCUGCUGCUGUAGAUUGUUAACGUGCAUGUAUGGAAAUUUUUGCAAUAUAUAUAUACAUAUAUACAUACUAUUUAUCUAAAGCUAAAUUAGUUGUUACUGUUAUUCGUAGGUUAUAUAUUCAAUAAAGCUUAAUUGUAAUUAUAAAAUAUCUGCCAGAAAUUGAGAAAAAAUAUUAAGUCAACGAUACUGGAAUAUGAUAAAUUCCAUAUGCCCUCAAAUAGCGCAAUCGACUCACACAUCUUUAUGCCGUAACUUUUUGAAGAAUAUCAAAGUUACUCUUAAAUUGUUGCUUACGAUUGUCGUUGGUUUACAGCUUGUUUGCUUUAUAUGAUUAGCAGAUUCUGAAAAUUAGAAAAAAUUCAUUCUUUAAACUGUUAUUUAACAAUAACUUACAGCAUAUGUUACAUAUGUACAUAUGUACAAAAAAAAAACAAUAUAAGCAAUCAAUCACGCGUAAUUAACCAGUUUCCAUUGCCUGACAACAAUGGGGAGCUAUUUUCGUAUUCAAAAAUUAUUGUUUGCUAAUUGCUCUCUUAACAAAGGAUUCUCCAAGAAAAACCCUGUAAUUCGGUUUUAUGUAGGCUUAGACAGGCACUCAGCUACCAAAAAAGGUAUCCAGACUCUAGUUCCGGUAAGAAAUUAUCCAUUUUCUGCCAUCACGAUUAACAAAAAAACUGUUCAGCAAAUAUAUAUAAUAUAACGUCUCUUCACGCGGGAGCCCACUAGUUCUUAUCUCAGAUAAAGUAUUAAAUAUAUCUAAGCACAAAAAUGCGAAUUAUGAAAAUCUCAAAAUUCUUCCUCUUCGAUAUUCAUUACAUUUUGUUGUCUACUCGAAGAUCCCUGCUGUCGAAGCCCACCAAACAGAUUCAGAGGCCUAAAGUGAUGUUGCUUCAUCGUAUGCCAAUUGUCGGUUUUAGGUUAAACGGUUUAAAAGUCGUAACACUAGUUGCCUGAAAACGAUAUUUUUUGGCUACCACUUGGUUACCACUUGUUCAGAUCGAUGCAGCAUGGCUAUUUACUAAGAAAACAUGUCCUGUUCGGACAAGUGAUGCAUGGUACGAGGGUCCACAAAGUUGAAGAAGUACGAAAAUGGGUCGGCUGGAGCAUCGUUAUCGAGUCAAAACAGGUUAUUUUGACAUGAUAACACCCUGAUGGCAAAAAUAUAUUAAAAUGUUAUAGAAGCGAUGGUAUAAAUACCCUUUUUCCAAUCCAUAUGUACCGAAAAUUGAAUACUAGAAAGAUACCAUAUUUUACGAACAAUAAGACACAAUAAAACAUAUCGGAUGAUAAGAUGCAUUACAAAUUUAUAAGAUGAUUUUUAAAAAAAUUUAUUUUAAUAUUACAUUCGGAUCAAAAUUUUUCUUUCUUGUUAACAUAACUCGUACUAGCAUUAUUCAGUUCAUCUUCACUCUCGGUAUUAUCACUCGUCUCGUUAAUGUCACCGCUCGUAUUAUUUUCAUUUGAACUAUUCUCGUCAGUCCUUUAGAAACGAUUUAUUGAAAAAACAUUUUAAUGUUGUCUUCGGACCAAAAAGCGCAUCGAUAAUAUGAGAUCAUUUUUCUAUGCAGAAAGGUAUGAAAAAUACGGUAUAUAUAACGUAUCUUGAAAUUGAAAA